ACUGCAAGGAGGCUCACAAAGAAACGUGAUCGACUCCAGACAAGAGGCUGCCAUCAGUGUUUCUUCAGUCCCAAGAAUUUUCCAAGGGGCGAUGAACCAAAUUUUGAAAGGAAUUCAGGGAGUCGUGUGCUAUUUGGAUGACAGACUUAUUUCAGCUCCAAGCAGACAUGCCCAUGGUGACCAGUCUCCAAACAGCCAGGCCCACGGUGACCAGUCUCCAAACAGCCAGGCCCACGGUGACCAGUCUCCAAACAGCCAGGCCCACGGUGACCAGUCUCCAAACAGCCAGGCCCACGGUGACCAGUCUCCAAACAGGCAGGCCCACGGUGACCAGUCUCCACACAGCCAGGCCCACGGUGACCAGUCUCCAAACAGCCAGGCCCACGGUGACCAGUCUCCAAACAGCCAGGCCCACGGUGACCAGUCUCCAAACAGCCAGGCCCACGGUGACCAGUCUCCAAACAGCCAGGCCCACGGUGACCAGUCUCCAAACAGCCAGGCCCACGGUGACCAGUCUCCAAACAGGAAGGCCCACGGUGACCAGUCUCCAAACAGCCAGGCCCACGGUGACCAGUCUCCAAACAGGCAGGCCCAGGCUGAUAAAGGCACUCUAAUGUUGGAAAAACAUGAAGUUUGGGCAAAGGCAUACAAAUACAAAAUGUUUCAAAACUCUGUAGAGUAUUUGAGUCACAGGGUAUACAAAGAUGGGUUACAUCCUACCAAGAGUAAGGUUCAAAUACACUUUCAGACUAUAUCUCUGAGCACAGAUCUUCUAUGGGCCUAGUGAAUUACUACACUAAAUUUGGCAACCUUAUUGCAUCCAUUGAAUGAAUUCUUGAAGAAGGGGGUUCUGUGGAAUUGUACAAGGGGAGUGUGACAAAGCAUUCCAGUUGUGUUAAAGUAAAUUGGUAGAUGGUAUAAUGCAGGUACAUUACAAUGUGUCCUAAAAGAUUAAGCCAGCAUUUGAUGCCUCUUCAUCCAGAGUAGCUGCUGUAAUCUCUUGUGUGUUGGAUAAUGGUGAGGAGAGACUAAUUACAUUUGCCUUAUUUACCCUCAGUGCCAGUGAGCGGAAUUAUGCUCAGAUUGAAUGUGAAGCACUGUCUUUGAUUUUUGGAGUAAGAAGACUUCAUAAAUACUUCUGUUUUGUAGUUUCACAAUCGAAACUGAUCAUAAGCCACUCAUGGCUAUUUUGAAUCCAAAGUCCCCAGUACCGACUUUAACUGCAGCCAGAAAGCAAAGAUGAGCUUUGAUUUUGUUUGCUUAUCAGUACGACAUUAAUCACAGAUGAUCGGAAGAUCAUUGUAAUGCUGAUGUGAUGUCUAGAUUCCCAUCCCCAUCAGAAGUAGACCCAACAGGGAAGAUGUGUUUUUCUUUUCACACAUAGAUGAGUUGCCAGUCACAGUGGAUGAUAUUAGCAGAACAACUCAUAGGGACCCUGCAUUGGCAAGGGUAUAUGCCUAUAUCACAAAUGGGUGGCCAACACAGAUACUGGAUUUAGAAAUCAGGCCAUUUUUUAUGCGUUAUAAUGUGUUGUCAGUUGAUAAUUAUUGUGUUAUGUAGGGAGCCAGAGUUGUAAUUCUCAAAAUUUUGGGUCAAGAAAGGAAGUAUUCUCUUGGGAAUAGGAAACAGGUUCUUAAGUUGGAUUUGUAAAUAAAUGAAAAAACAAGAAAUGUAUAUAAGUUGUCUGGAAUUUGAACAUUGUGUACUUUCUCAUUAAGGAGGGAGGAGUGUAAUAAUAUAAUAGUACCCUCUUGUGGCCAUUUGUGUAUAUAUAUAUAUAUAUAUAUAUAUCCAAAACUGGAUUAAACUAGUUUGUUGGUUACUUUGAACUCCAUUUGCUGUACACAGUCUCUUUUCUUUCCUGCAAAGAUGUCACAAUGGUUUCCUACCCCCAUAACACAACGACCUUCCUGGAAAGUACAUGUGUGGAUGUGGGGCCAAAUCAGGAUCAGAUGUGGCCAAGGUUACCCCAUUUGGUUGAAUAGCCAUUAACAUUGAUUGCCUGGGCCAGAAUGUUCGACUCCCGGUGAAAGAUUUAAGGGACACUUUGGCAUCUGCGUGAACUGUAAGGGUGGGGUUCCGCCAGAGCUGCGGGAGUAGGGAGCGCCGCCACACACUGAACUGAGCCCACACAUUCAGGAGAGAAGGGAGAAAAAUGCUAAGUAAAUUCCAGCACUUUUAUAUUCACUGCCCAAGAUGUAGGCCCGUACCUUAGUCCUCAGAAUUGUGUGGACAGAUCUUUUCUAUAUUACAACAGUGACUACACUUCAAAAGCACUUCAUUGGCUGAAAAGUGUUUUGAGACGUCCGACUGACAAGAAAAGCACUCUAUAAACGGAAGGCUGUUAUUCUUAUCUUUCUCUCUGAAGAUGGAGUGUUGUAAUUCUGAUGUUUUGUCAAUGGUAAAAUGGUUCAUUUGCGAUUAAUUUAAAAUUGCACUGUGCUGUAAUUUAUAAAUUUUUAUUUCAGGACUGAAAAAUUUCAUUCAAGUUUGUAUUUUUCUUAUUGGAUGAAUUUACUACAGUGUUUAAUUGCCAUGUAAUAGGGUAAAAUGACAAUUCAUCAGAAAUAAAAGGGACUAGUAAAAAUCAAAAA